GGGUGCUCCUUGGCCAGAUUCCUAUGAGAACCAGCAAUCAAGCACAGUUCUGACCCCCAGCCGGACCUGGCCUCCACCCUGCGCCGAGCGAGCGUGUCCCACCUCUCACUCCUGGGAAGUCCUUCCCCGAGUCUAGCCUCAAUUCUGCUGCUACCACUGGCACCAUCUCUGUUCCCAGGCACACCACUUGGGAGCCGGAGCCGGGCAGAGCGGCCCCUGCCUGGCCGUGCUGGACCGUGACCUUCGCCUGUGCCAGCCCUGGUUAAUUUUUGCCCAGGGUAACGGGAGCGGCGGCGCCCCUCCUCCUCCUCCUCCCGCAUAUAAGCCGGGGCUGCGGCUGCCCUGUCUCUCAUCUCCCGCCCAGCCCCGCCAUGGCCAAGGGCUUCUACAUUUCCAAGUCCCUGGGCCUCCUGGGCCUGCUGCUGGGCGUGGCCGCGCUGUGCACCAUCGUGGCGCUGUCGGUGGUGUACGCGCAGGAGAAGAACAAGAACAACGCGCAGGGCGCCCCGGGGCCCACGGCCCCCCCCACCGAGCCCGGGGCCACCACCCCGGACCUGAGCAAGCCCUGGAACCGGUACCGCCUGCCCGCCUCCCUGGUACCCGACUCCUACCGGGUGACCCUGAGGCCCUACCUCACCCCCAACAACCAGGGCCUGUACGUCUUCGUGGGCUCGAGCACCGUGCGCUUCACCUGCCUGGAAGCCACUGACCUCAUCCUGAUCCACAGCAAGAAGCUCAACUACACCCUGCAGCAGGGCCACCGCGUGCUGGUGCGGGCCGUGGACGGCUCUCCCAACCCCGCCAUCGAGCGCACCGAGCUGGUGGAGCGCACCGAGUACCUGGUGGUGCACCUGAGGGAGCCGCUGAGGGCCGGCCGGCAGUACGAGAUGGACAGCGUGUUCCAGGGGGAGCUGGCCGACGACCUGGCUGGCUUCUACCGCAGCGAGUACAUGGAAGGGGACGUCAAGAAAGUCGUGGCCACCACGCAGAUGCAGGCCGCGGACGCCCGCAAGUCCUUCCCCUGCUUCGACGAGCCCGCCAUGAAGGCCACGUUCAACAUCACCCUCAUCCACCCCAAGGACUACGUGGCGCUGUCUAACAUGCUGCCCAGAAUUCCCAGCUACUCCUACCCGGACGACGCUGCGUGGAGCGUCACAGAGUUCAACACCACCCCCAAGAUGUCCACCUACCUGCUGGCCUACAUCGUCAGCGAGUUCCACCACAUACAGGCGCUCUCCCCCAACAACGUCUUGAUCCGGAUCUGGGCUCGGCCAAGCGCCAUGGCCAAGGGCCACGGCGAUUACGCCCUGAACGUGACCGGCCCCAUCCUCAACUUCUUCGCCAACCACUACAACACCUCGUACCCCCUGGAAAAGUCUGACCAGAUCGGCCUGCCGGACUUCAACGCGGGCGCCAUGGAGAACUGGGGGCUGGUGACGUACCGCGAGAAUGCGCUGCUCUUCGACCCGCAGUCCUCGUCCAUCGGGAACAAGGAGCCUGACCCGGGCGGCGGCCGGGGGCAUCUGCAGAAGGAUCUCAUCGUGCUGAAUGAUGUGUACCGCGUGAUGGCUGUGGACGCCCUGGCCUCCUCCCACCCGCUGUCCUCCCCCGCCGACGAGGUCAACACGCCCGCCCAGAUCAGCGAGCUCUUCGACUCCAUCACGUACAGCAAGGGCGCCUCGGUCCUCAGGAUGCUGUCCAGCUUCCUCACUGAAAACCUCUUCAAACAGGGCCUGGCGUCCUACCUCCAGGCCUUCAAGUACAACAGCACCGACUACCUGCACCUGUGGGAGCACCUGCAGAAGGCCGUGGACAGCCAGCAGGAAAUCCAGCUCCCGGACAGCGUGGGCACCAUCAUGGAUCGCUGGAUCCUGCAGAUGGGCUUCCCGGUGAUCACGGUGAACACAGAGACCGGGAACAUCUCCCAGCAGCACUUCCUCCUGGACCCCGAGUCCAACGUCACCCGGCCCUCAGACUUCAACUACCUGUGGAUCGUGCCGAUCACGUCUCUCAGGAACGGCGCCCAGCAGGACAGUUACUGGCUGCUGGAAGAAAAAGCCCAGAACCAGCUGUUCAAAACCAGUGCGGCCAACGAGUGGGUCCUGCUGAACCUGAACGUGACCGGCUACUACCAGGUCAACUACGACGAGGGCAACUGGAAGAAGAUCCAGACCCAGCUGCAGACCGACCUGUCGGCCAUCCCUGUCAUCAAUCGGGCGCAGAUCAUCAACGAUGCCUUCAAUCUGGCCAGUGCCCGCAGGGUCCCCGUCACGCUGGCGCUGGACAACACCCUCUUCCUGUACCAGGAGAGAGAGUACAUGCCGUGGGAGGCGGCGCUGAGCAGCCUCAACUACUUCAAGCUCAUGUUUGACCGCUCUGAGGUCUACGGCCCCAUGAAGAAUUACCUGAGGAAGCAGGUCACUCCGCUGUACCACUACUUCAAAGACCUCACCGGCAACUGGACCCAGCGCCCGGCCACCCUCAUGGAGCAGUACAACGAGGUCAACGCCAUCAGCACGGCCUGCUCCAACGGGCUCCCCGAGUGCAAAGACCUGGUGUCCUCGCUUUUCAAGCAGUGGAUGGACAACCCCAGCCAAAACCCCAUCCACCCCAACCUGCGCUCCACCGUGUACUGCAACGCCAUCGCGCAGGGCGGGGAGGUGGAGUGGAACUUCGCCUGGGAGCAGUUCCGCAACGCCACCCUGGUGAACGAGGCCGACAAGCUCCGCGCCGCCCUGGCCUGCAGCAACCAGGUGUGGAUCCUGAACAGGUACCUGAGCUACACCCUGAACCCUGACUACAUUCGGAAGCAGGACGCUACCUCCACCAUCAACAGCAUCGCCAGCAACGUGGUCGGGCAGACUCUGGUCUGGGACUUCGUCCAGAGCAACUGGAAGAAGCUGUUUGAGGAUUAUGGCGGCGGCUCUUUCUCCUUCGCCAACCUCAUUCAGGCGGUGACCAGACGCUUCUCCACCGAGUACGAACUCCAGCAGCUGGAGAAGUUCAAGAUGGACAACAUGGACACGGGCUUCGGUUCGGGCACCCGGGCUCUGGAGCAGGCCUUGGAGAAGACGAAAGCCAACAUCAAGUGGGUGAAGGAGAACAAGGACCCGGUGCUCAGCUGGUUCAUGGCCAACAGCCAGUAGUUUAGUUUCCCUUUGUCAAGUCACCAGCCAAGGGCAGAGCCUCGCAGCGUCUGCCCCUCAAAGGGUAGCCUUCAGGUUCGAGGCCCUCCCGAGGCCUCAUGCUCCCCACCCCCAGUCCCUCCCCUCCCAGCCGCUGCCCUUCACCAUACCCCACCCCCGGCCCCCGUCUGUGGCUGGGGGCUGAGCUCAGGGACCCCCAGCUCCAGGGCCAGGGGUACAGAAACUCUUGGUGGACAGUGGCAGCCUUGUGGGGGCUGCCCCUCACCCCUCACCUCUCCGUGAGGACCCCAAACCCAAGGAAUCCAUAGCACACCAGAUCUGUAUUUUUUUUUCUAAGUAAAAAUGUAAAUAAAGAAUUUGUAGAUGA